AUGGGCGUGAAUGGCCUUUGGGAGCUUCUGAAGCCCACUCGAGAGGAAACAUCCCUCAAGCUGCUCGCCUUGCGUGACAGAUUCGAAGGCCGUCCCGGCGAGCGGCUGUAUCGGCUUGGUAUUGACACAAGCAUCUGGUUCCAUCAACUUCAGGAACAGUUCGUGGCCAGGCACGCCAACUCAAGUGAAAACCUGGAGUUGCGCAGCCUGCUCCACCGCCUCGCAAGACUGCUCAAGCUACCCGUGCGCCCCCUUUUCGUCUUCGAUGGACCGGGCCGACCUGCACACAAAUGCUCCCGCAAGGUCGUCGGGAUGCACUGGAUGGUCGGAAACACACAGAAGCUCCUCGAUGCAUUUGGGUACGAGUGGCGCAUGGCCCCUGGUGAAGCUGAGGCUGAGCUGGCUAAGCUGAACCAGCUCGGCAUUGUCGACGCCAUUCUGACGGACGAUAGCGAUGCACUCAUUUUUGGCGCCCGCACCGUGAUCAGAAAUUACAAAGUGGACGCGGAGGAUGAGGUGCAUGCCUUUUAG